GUGAUUAUGUAGUCAUGACUAUAUACUUCGACUUAAGUAGAAGAAUGGGAUACUUUACUAUUCAAACAUACAUUCCCUGUAUAUUAACAGUUGUUCUUUCAUGGGUAUCCUUUUGGAUUAAAAAAGAUGCCACACCAGCAAGAACAGCAUUAGGCAUUACCACAGUAUUGACCAUGACGACUUUGAGUACCAUUGCAAGAAAGUCAUUACCUCGUGUCUCCUAUGUCACCGCUAUGGAUUUGUUUGUGACUGUAUGCUUUCUGUUUGUCUUUGCUGCUCUGAUGGAGUAUGCAACCCUCAACUACUACUCAAGUUGCAGGAAACCAAACUGUACUAAGAAGAAAAAGUCGCUACCUGAUGUCAGUUUUGGUCAUGUGAUGAAUUAUUCUGUACUUGAUAUGAGACCACCAACUACAGUCAUCACAUUGAACAAUGCCAUGUAUUGGCAAGAAUUUGAAGAUGCGUGCGUCUAUGAAUGUCUGGAUGGGAAAGACUGCCAGAGCUUUUUCUGUUGUUAUGAAGAGUGUAAAUCAGGCUCAUGGAGGAGAGGACGGAUUCACAUAGACAUCUUAGAACUGGACUCUUACUCUAGGGUCUUUUUUCCUACAUCCUUCCUGCUGUUUAACCUGGUCUACUGGGUUGGAUACCUCUAUCUUUAA